CACUUUCUUCUCUCAGAGGAUGCCAGCCCCCAUCAGACUGCGGGAGUUGAUCCGGACCAUCCGGACAGCAAGAACCCAGGCAGAAGAGCGUGAGAUGAUUCAAAAGGAGUGUGCUGCUAUCCGGUCAUCCUUCCGAGAGGAAGAUAACACAUACCGAUGCAGAAACGUGGCAAAGCUGUUGUAUAUGCACAUGCUGGGAUACCCUGCACAUUUUGGACAGUUGGAGUGCCUCAAGCUUAUUGCAUCUCAGAAAUUCACAGACAAGCGCAUUGGGUAUUUAGGUGCCAUGUUGCUGCUGGAUGAGAGACAGGAUGUUCAUCUUCUUAUGACCAAUUGCAUCAAGAAUGACCUUAAUCACAGCACGCAGUAUGUGCAGGGGCUGGCACUUUGUACUCUUGGCUGCAUGGGCUCCUCAGAAAUGUGCAGAGACCUUGCAGGAGAGGUGGAAAAGCUCCUCAAAACUUCCAAUUCCUAUCUUAGGAAGAAGGCAGCACUGUGUGCUGUUCAUGUCAUCAGAAAGGUGCCUGAACUUAUGGAGAUGUUCCUGCCAGCCACCAAAAACUUGCUGAACGAGAAGAACCAUGGUGUUCUUCACACAUCAGUUGUCCUCCUCACAGAGAUGUGUGAGAGAAGCCCAGACAUGCUUGCACACUUUAGAAAGAAUGAAAAGCUUGUUCCCCAAUUAGUUCGUAUUCUGAAGAACCUUAUCAUGUCUGGAUAUUCACCAGAGCAUGAUGUGUCUGGGAUCAGUGACCCCUUUUUGCAGGUACGAAUCCUGCGAUUACUAAGAAUUUUAGGAAGAAAUGAUGAUGAUUCUAGUGAAGCAAUGAAUGAUAUACUUGCACAGGUUGCCACUAAUACAGAAACAAGUAAAAAUGUGGGAAACGCCAUUCUCUAUGAAACUGUGCUGACUAUUAUGGAUAUAAAAUCUGAGAGUGGCCUGAGAGUCUUAGCCAUUAACAUCCUAGGCCGUUUCUUAUUAAACAACGACAAAAAUAUUAGAUAUGUAGCUUUGACGUCAUUGUUGAAAACUGUGCAGACAGACCAUAAUGCAGUACAGCGGCACCGAAGCACCAUUGUGGACUGCCUGAAGGAUCUGGAUGUCUCCAUUAAAAGGCGUGCAAUGGAACUGAGUUUCGCUCUUGUUAAUGGGAACAAUGUCCGUGGAAUGAUGAAGGAGUUACUGUAUUUCCUAGAUUCUUGUGAACCAGAGUUCAAGGCAGACUGUGCAUCUGGAAUAUUUCUUGCAGCUGAGAAAUAUGCUCCCUCCAAGCGCUGGCACAUAGACACAAUUAUGAGAGUCUUAACAACAGCAGGAAGUUAUGUUCGUGAUGAUGCUGUUCCAAAUCUGAUCCAGUUAAUAACUAAUAGUGUGGAGAUGCAUGCCUACACUGUGCAGAGACUCUACAAAGCCAUCCUUGGAGAUUACUCCCAGCAACCCCUGGUACAAGUUGCCUCCUGGUGCAUAGGAGAGUAUGGAGAUCUUCUGGUGUCUGGUCAGUGUGAAGAGGAGGAACCAAUACAGGUAACAGAGGAUGAAGUUCUUGAUAUUUUAGAAAGCAUCCUGAUAUCUAAUAUGUCUGCAUCUGUGACACGAGGCUAUGCUCUCACUGCCAUCAUGAAGCUUUCAACAAGGUUCACCUGCACUGUCAACCGCAUUAAGAAGGUGGUUUCCAUCUACGGCAGUAGCAUUGAUGUGGAGCUACAACAGAGGGCUGUGGAAUAUAAUGCACUUUUCAAGAAAUAUGAUCACAUGAGGCCAGCACUGCUUGAGAGAAUGCCAGUAAUGGAGAAAGUCACCACAAAUGGCCCUGCUGAGAUUGUACAGACCAAUGGAGAGACAGAGACGGCAGUACUGGAAACCAAACCUCCACCCUCUGGAUUGCAGCCUGCCAACCAGGCAAAUGAUUUAUUGGACUUGUUGGGGGAAAGUGAUAUAACACCUGUAAUUCCCACUGCACCUACAAUCAAGCCAGCCUCUGCUGGUGGGGAGCUGCUUGACCUCCUGGGAGAUCUCAACCUAACAGGUUCUCCAGUAUCUGCCCCUGCACCCCAGAUAGCACAGCCUCCGUUCCUGCUCGAUGGACUUACAUCUCAGCCUCUCUUCAAUGAUAUUGCUGCAGGAAUCCCCUCCAUUACUGCAUACAACAAGAAUGGGCUGAAGAUUGACUUCACCUUUGAGAGGUCGAACACCAACCCUAGUGUCACUGUAAUCACGAUACAGGCCUCCAACAGCACAGAGCUGGACAUGACAGAUUUUGUUUUCCAAGCUGCAGUACCAAAGACAUUCCAGCUGCAGCUUCUGUCUCCCAGCAGCAGUGUCAUCCCUGCAUUUAACUCUGGGACCAUCACACAGGUCAUUAAAGUCCUGAAUCCACAGAAGCAACAACUGCGUAUGCGGAUCAAGUUGACAUAUAAUCACAAGGGCUCAGCAAUGCAGGAUCUAGCAGAAGUCAACAACUUCCCCCCUCAGUCUUGGCAAUGAGGCUCUGGCACCAUUCUUAUUCUCAUCCCACCCAAUCAAAAGAACUCUGGGAAGAAGGUUAUGAUCCUUGGCAAUCCCCCAAACUGCACCAUGGGCAUGGGGAACAAAUGAGACCUGCUGAUGAGGAGGAAUUUUCCUGAAGUGAUUGCUGACUUUGAAGCAUAUCUGUUAAGACUAAUCUCCUCUCCUCUGCUGAUGAGGCUGGUGGCUUGUGGAGGCUACUGUGCACUCCCUCACACAUGCAUUUACAGCCAGAAGCAACAUUCCCUUCUCCCCUUCCCCACCCUUCUUCCCCCUCAAAAAGGAACACAGCCUGGUUGGAAGAGAAGUCUGGAAUUUCUAGCAGGGAAACUUUCUUCUCUCUGCAGCAAGUGAGCAGUUGCUCCUUCUUUCUGCUGUCUUUUUUUCCCCUGGGGUGGGUAAGGUGUGUUGUCAUUCAUUUCUAGCUGGAUUCCUUCAGCCAUUUUCCAUCUGGAACUCAGAUGGGGUCUUGGGGAAUGUCAGGCUGCCCUGCCUCUUUCUUCUUGUAUCCCCUAGGUCUUAAGGGGCUGGAGGCUUCUUAUGACCUACUCAGUGCAUUAUUGUAUACACCCACUUCUUAGUUAUGUGCUGCAUACCAAGAGCAAGUGAGGCCUUUGGAGUUCAUCUGCAAACCUGGGACACAGUGCAGGAGAAGAGGUGCUGAGUUGUACAUGGUCACUCGUACUGAAAGCCAGCAUGCCUCGCUCUCCCUUUGGUUUUGCUGGGAAAGAGCACUGGUACAGGAAAUUAGAUGGGAAGGAAGAAGAAAAUGGUCUCUCGCCUGGCCAGUUUGUUGCAGCAGUCAUGGGAACAGUGUAUGUUGUCCCUCUUGUCAUGCUUGUUUUCUGUCCCCUAGAGCAGCUGGGGCUUGUUGUCUGUCUCUGGUAAGCUUGCAGGGUGAAUUCUUCCUGUGUUCUUGGCUCCUUCAGCCACCCUUGUACUGUCUGUGGGGAAAUGGGCAUUUCGUCAUGUCUUUGAGUCGAGCUGGAGGAGGCGAUGCGUGUACCCAAAAUAUGUUUUGCAGGAAGCCAUACCUUGGCUAUGAAGUACUCUUUUGUAGCAGCCAAACAUUCCAGUUGCAGUUGUCCUUGGAGCUCUCCCCUCCUCACUAAGGGAUGGAUGCUGACAUUUACACAAGAAGGAAGGCCAGGCUUCACACCUUCCCCUAUCUGCAAUACCAGAUAAUGCUGCUUGUUCCUUGACCCCCAUGUGCAUUUCGAGCUCUGUGCUGCUGAUGUGGUUUUCCUCUGGAGAGUAGUCACACAUCUGAGGCACUCCAAGCAUACACCGAGUCCUCUUCCCACUGGUUGAAUGCACCAAUUCUUACAGGUCUGGUCAACAUUUUCCUUGCUUCAGUGUAAGGAGGAUAUAAAGGCAGCAAGAUACAGACUUCAUGGCUAAUCUUACUAGUAUCUGCUUGGGAGGCUUCGGAACUGGGAGACACUGGAUGUCUGUUUUUCCAAGUGAAUGUAUUUUGAGUCAAAAAAUGACAGAAACAGGCCAUAAUGGGCCUGAAGAGGGAGGAGACAUGGAAAGGUCCUAAAAGUCGACUGUCCAGGUCUUGAUGGCACAAAAUAUGGCCUUGAACAACUUAUUGAAGCAAUAGCAGUGAGGGGACUGUCUUUACAGUACCUUGGAUCUAUAACUCAGAAGAUACUGAAGCAGCUGGGAAAGGUACCAGUGCCUUCCCUAAGGCUGGUACUAGCUGUGAGCCGCGGCAGCAGUGACGCUGGUGCACUUUUUUGUCUUCAUUUUCUAUUUGGAGGCUGUGAGGGAAGGAGCUGCUGGACUGCUUCCCUUUUAACUUUCACUCUAUUCCUGUAUAUUCCUUUUUCUUUCAUGAUGUUGUAAUUUAAAUUUUACACAGAGCCCAUCCUACCUCUUUGACAGUAUAGAGAAAAAAAAAAAAAAAAGCAAACAAAAAACUACUUAAAUACAAACCCCCAACAAAUCCACCAAAUUUAAAGUGAAAAACAUGCCAUUUGAGGCAGGGUACCCGUUGGCAGUCAAAAUUCUGGAGACCUAUUUUUGAGAUGUGAAAAAUUUUAGUAAAUGCUGAGUCAUAGGUGAGUGAGGAGCUUAACAGAUGUAAACAUUUACAUGGGAUGCAUUAGACUUCUGCUGUGUGUAUUGUCUUUUGGUUGAAACAAAUAAUGAA